AUUGAAUGCAUUUCAUAUGGUUUUGAUGGAAGAAUAUAUACCUUAUAUUAAAUGAUAUAAUAAUACAUUUGAGUUAUGUUUGUCUUGAAUUGAGAUAAUGAAGGGAUGCUAUGAUUGCUAUCAUAUGGUGUGCUAUAAGUGAAGGCGUUUCACAAUUCACUCAGUUGGUUCCCAUCAACUGAUUUACUCGUAAUUAUGGAGGACACGGAAUGGACGGAUAUAUUGAAAAAACACGGAAUCAUUAAAGAAGAGCCCAAACCGGAACCCAAAGAGGAACCGGAAGUGCUCUCGACUUUUGAACGAAAGCUAAAUGACAUCCAAAGCGAAGACGAUUUGCUUGAUUUGGAUGACGACGACGAAGACGUGAUGCGAGAGUAUAGGAACCGACGAAUGGCCGAAAUGCGGGCCAAGAGUUUGAUCCCCACGUUUGGAGACGUGAGAGAAAUCACGGCAACUGAUUAUGUGGCGGAAGUUAACGGCGCCGGAAACGACAUCAAUGUUGUCCUCUUUCUCUAUCAGUCCGGUAUCCCCGAAUGCAGUAUUUUAAACAAAAUAAUAAACGAAUUGGCGGUCAAAUACCCGACAACAAAGUUCUUAAAAAGUAUUGCCUCGUUAUGUGUGGCCAACUUUCCCGACACUGGUUUACCCGCACUCUUCCUCUACAAGAACGGUGUCCUUAAGAAACAACUGAUUGGCAAACAGACGUUCGGUGGAAAGGAUAUGAAUUUAAAAGGCAAUGGUUGAAUGGCUUUUAUCACAAAAUGGUUCAAUAGUUUGUGAUUCAGAUAAUGGAUCGCAAAAUGAGAAGAAAUCCACUAAAUUUUACGAACAAUACUAGUGAUCAACACAAUUGAGUGACAUUUAUAUGACUUAUGAUUAAAACCACCCAUAGUUUUGUAUGAAAACAAUUUAUUCCAAAAUUUGAUGACAUGUUUGGACACAGAAUGAAAUUUUAUAAACUAUUUUAAGAGUGUUUUAAAACAAUAAAUAAUUGGCUCUUAAA